GUAGCGUAGAAAUCUGUGAGGCUCCCCGCACAAAAGAUUUGAAGGCUCUGGAAAAGAUGGGACAUCUGGACCGAGCGGCUUUGUAAUCCGAAGAAGAAUUUUACUGGAAGUGUUUUAGGCAUUUUUGUCAUAUUUCAGAGCCAUGGGCCUCCUGGAGCUUCUUUGUCUGCUGCUCUACAUGGCUGACGCUAGCAGCGAUGUGCACAAGUGGAUCGAGCAGAAGCUCCCGGUGCUGACAGAGAGGAAAACUGAACUUCAAGAGAAACCUCUCUUCAGAGGACCAAAAGGGGAUGCGAAGGGAGGCAAAGCUCAGAGACUCUGCGGUAUUGAGUGUCAAAGUGGCCUCCCACCCUCAAACCCGAGCGAGCAAGAGAGGAUUCUAGGAUACGAGACGAUGCGCGACAACGGAACGUGCACGCGCACCGACAUCACCUUGCAGGGUUUGAAUGCCACAGGAGCGGCCCCGUGCAUUUCGUUGCCUACCCGCGGAAAACGGCAGGUUUACGGCCCCGACGGUCGCUUCGUCAUCUCCGACUGGCAUUACGCCACCAAUUACCCUUUCGCCGCGGCGGUGCGCCUCUCCGCGGGAUGCUCCGGGGUACUGGUUUCCCCCAGGCACGUGCUCACGGCAGCAAACUGCAUCCAUGAUGGCAGUUACUAUCUGGAGAGCGUGAAAAGUCUGAAAGUAGGAGUGCUGCAACUUAAAAACAAAAGGAGUAGGCGGAGGCCGAGGGCCGCAAGAAGAAACAGACAAAAAGAAGAGAUGACGCAUGGAGAGAUGAAUAGAACUGAUGCAGGAAAAGACGACAGGAGGACUUGGCAGGUGGGAAUCGGUCGCACUGGAAGGCAGCCUGUAUUCCGCUGGAUAAGAGUCAAACAAACUCACAUCCCUCAAGGAUGGAUCCGCUCGAAGAACUCCACCAACUCCGUGGCCCCAAACUACGACUACGCCCUCCUGGAACUGAAACGAGCUGUCAAGCAGAAGAAGUUCAUGGAGAUCGGCGUGGCACCCCGCACCUCCCCCCCGACCCGAAUCCACUUCUCGGGCUACGACGAAGACGAAAGCCCGAUGGCCACCCGCAGGGGAGAGAAGGUGGUCUACCGCUUUUGCUUGGUGGUGAAGGAGUCCGACGAUCUGAUGUACCAGCGCAGCGACGCUCGGUCGGGCGCUGACGGGGCGGGGGUUUACGUCCGUCUGAGACAAGGGGGUGGGAAAGGGAAGUGGCGGAGGAGAGUGAUCGGCGUGUUCUCGGGUCACCGGUGGGUGGAAGUUGACGAAGGUGAGCAGAGGGACUUCAACGUGGCGGUGAGGAUCACCCCCGCCAAAUAUGCGCAAAUCUGCCACUGGAUCCACGGAGACCCCAGGCACUGCAAGACUCUGAAAUUCAAAUGUUGCUAAAAAGUCCAACCAUUUACGACCGCGAAAUUCUGACAGAUAAUGUGACACGCCGUGAGGGUCGUUUGGGUGAUUUGUAUUUUAUUGCAGUGGUCCCCAACCUUAAAUGUGCCACGGACCGUUUACAUGUCAGAAAUAUUUUUGCGGACCGGCAUUUAUAUGAAUAAAUAAUACAUUUAUAUAAAUAAAUAAAUAAAUAAUACAUUUAUAAUAAAUAUAUAAAUACGAUGAAAUAAAAUGAUACGACUGACAUAAAAACAAGUACAAAUGACAAAAAUAAAACUCACCAUUACGUUGAAUUAGGGGGAGCACUGAGUCGAGCCGGUCCCAUCUAGACGUAAUCGGAGACAAUGACACCCGAAGUGAUUAAGUUUUGUCUUUUAUUGCAGGCUGCUUGGUCUUGGUCUUGAAGCAGUUUUGAAUGCUUCAUUGCCUGGUUAGUUAGCCUGUCGCCACAUAUUAGCUUUGCGGGCUCAACUGGGGAAACAUGUCAAGUGACCGGGACGAGUGUCUUGACCUGAAUUAAUUGAUCGUCGAUAAAAAAAAAAUUCUGUGCGGCUUGGCGGCCCGGUACCAAGUGACCCAAGGACCGGUGCCGGUCCGCGGCCCGGUGGUUGGGGACCACUGUUUUAUUGUAUCUCAUCGCAGGACUUGCAUGCAGGUUAAAGGUGAGGGGGGGGGAUGGGUAAAUAUUAGGGCAGAACAUCAUUAAUUCAAAGUCUCUCUCCCCAGCCUCCAAGAAAUACAAUCUUCAUAAUACUGAACAUAAUCUAUCCGCAUUGUCUAUGUGAAUGUCAUUCUUGCUUUUAUUUUAUUUUUUUCUUUCAACAUGUAAUUGUCACAAUGAAUUAAGUUACAGUCACUUUUUGAAAUAAACAACACAUAACAUCUAG